GGUGUAACCUAAUCCUCUUGCAUUCCAGACCAUUUACACUGUCUUGUCAAACAGGUAAUUCCGGCUGGUUAGUACAUCAACAGUACCAUUUCUCUUCACCUGCAAAAACGACAUCCGUCUCUCUGCUUGUCAGCUCAUUUAAUGCACUUACAACAUCGGGGUUGAGAAUCUUCUGAACUAUUGUGCUGAAAAUAGUACCCUUCAAUCUUCGAACAUCCUGAAUAGUGAAUCCAGACCCACUGUUACUCCACAUCGCUGCAAUGAGGGCAUUAGAGGUGGCUCGUGUUGCUCUGAUACUAGGCACACUCGUUCUGGUUUGUCUAACGGUAAAUAUGGCUUUAAAACUUGGAUGGAGAGAUGUUGUAGGACGAAAUUCAAACGCACUCCUUGGAGACAGAACUUAUAAAUGUGGACUGUCAAAAGUGUGUCCUCAAGGACACUUUGCUUUUAAAAUUCAGACGGGAUCAGCCAAUAUUAUCGGACCAACCAUUUGUUUUGAAGACAAAGUCCUAUUGAGAAGUACAUUGAAUAAUGUUGGAGUUGGAAUGAACAUUGCACUGGUAGAUGGUACGACUGGGAAAUUGAUCAAGACUGGUGCCUUUGAAACUCACAAUAUCAACAAUGCAUUGAAGUUCUUUCAAGACAUUGAUGAAAGGACGCUUGUUUUAGUGGCUUCGUUUGAUAACAUGGGAACAGUAAUGAAUGAUGAACUUAAACAACUGUUUACCAAGUUGGGAAGCAGCUAUGUGAAUUCCAUAGGUUAUCGGGAUAACUGGAUUUUUAUUGGAUCAAAAGGGAUCAAUGGAAAAAGUCAGUUUGAAGAGUACAUGAAAAAUGUUAAGGAAACAAACCUGUACGAAGACUGGCCCAAGACUUUGAUAUUGAAUGGCUGCAUACCUGCAAGUUCUACUACUGCCACAACUUCUGGUUUCUGAGAUGCGGAGUCCCAGACAGCACUAGGGCACUAUUGUUCUUUUCAUCGCCGGAGUCUCCCACCCACUAGAUUCAGUUUGUCCACGCAGUCUAUACCCUAUAGACUUCAAAAUAAUGAAUUGUAAAUGACUACUCCACGGCUCAAGAUCCUAUUUGUAAUUGGUUUCAGUUUCUUUCAAUUUGAUUUGAACUAUGCACUGUUUUUGGUGGUUUGUUUUUUGUUUUCUUAAUUUCUGUAUUUGUAUUUAUUUUUGGAUUCCCGGGCGUUCUUGCUACCUUUGAAUUGAAUUGCAGUUCUGUAUAUUGAUCUUAUUGUGUGUAUUCCUAUCAGAGUGUCAAGACUCCCCCCUCUAGUGGAACCCAGUGGUACUACAGCUGCCUGUUCCAGAUAUAAUGCAAACUGUCUUGUGAUUUAUCUUUAAUUCUUUAUUGUUCAGGUUUUCCAGCAUUGGUACUGAAAGCCUUUUAAUAAACAUUCUUUGUAUUGUUAUAUCCUA